AAGAGAAUUUAAAGUGACUUUUCUUCAUACGCCCAAAAGUCCCAUGCUUUCCGUUGGUCAACAACCAACCAAAGCUCUAUCUCAUUCUUCACGAGUCCUACAGGAAGGACUCUCUUUCUGUCUGUAGGGAAUUGGAAAAAAAAAGAAAUCUGACAUGCCUCAACUGGAUAAAUUCACUUAUUUUACACAAUUCUUCUGGUCAUGCCUUUUCCUCUUUACUUUCUAUAUUGCCAUAUGCAAUGAUGGAGAUGGAGUACUUGGGAUCAGCAGAAUUCUAAAACUACGGAACCAACUGCUUUCACACCGGGAGAACAAGAUCCGGAGCAAGGACCCAAACAGUUUGGAAGAUAUCUUGAGAAAAGGUUUUAGCACCGGUGUAUCCUAUAUGUACUCCAGUUUAUUCGAAGUAUCCCAAUGGUGUAAGUCCGUCGACUUAUUGGGAAAAAGGAGGAAAAUAACUUGGAUCUCGUCUUUCGGAGAAAUAAGUGGCUCACGAGGAAUGGAAAGAAACAUAUUCUAUUUGAUCUCAAAGUCCUCAUAUAGCACUUCUUCUAAUCCUGGAUGGGGGAUCACUUGUAGGAAUGACAUACUGCUAAUCCAUGUUCCACACGGACAAGGAAGCAUUGUUUUUUAAUUUCAUUCUAACUUGGUUGUUCGGUGGCCUCAUAGAAUCAGGUAUGCACUUGAUCCUAUGAAGAAGUUCUUCACAGGGGUGGAUUUGGACGAGUUCGAAAGAACUGUUGGUCCAAUUCUACCUUCUGUUGAAGAGCUUGGAGUGCCACCUAUGACUGGAAAACUAGGUUGCUCGGUUGAAGGAGGAGGCAAAAGGCGGAUUUUCCCCAUUGGAAACUAGAUCAAUCAGAGGUUCUUAUUGGCUAGCUUCAUUGCAACAAAUGAAAAGGAUACCAAUGUUAAUCAAGAAGCUCCUCUUGAUCGAUUAGUUGGCAAUAAACACUGCUUCUCUUUUGACUUAAAGUCGGCCACAGAUAGGUGGCCUUUAGUCUUUCUGUUUGAAGUGAUGCAGUAUUUAUUCGAUAGGUCGUUUGCUUGUGCUGUUGUUAAUUCAACAUUAGCAUGCAACAUAUUUGAGGUAAACUUUGUUAGGAAUCCGAAUUCAAGGGUCUCGUUUGUUGCCGGAUAACCUCUCGGUUAUCAUGCCUCUUGGCCUUUAUUUGCUUCACAUCCAAUUUUGGUGUGGUAUUGUGCAGAAAAGGUGUAUCCGGGAUUGUACUUUGACAAGUAUGCUGUACUCGGUGAUAACAUUUUCAUUGCUGAUCAGGCUGUAGCCAAAGUAUAUGAAGAAUCCCUCCAAAAUUUGUGUCUUUCUAUUUCAUAUCAGAAAUCCCUGAUUUCGGAGAGUGGUUCAGCUGAGUUUGCAAAACGGUUUAGGGUAGAGUGUAAAAUUGGAGUGUGGACUUAAGUCCUAUCUCGAUUCGAUCUCUACUCAAUGCCCAUCACCCUUGGGGUGCUAUGGCAAUACACUUGAAAUAUCGGGUUAAGAGGUUAUCAACUCUUGCUCGUAUAUCAGGUUGUAGUUUUAAGCGUCUCGACUGGACCAUCCUAGAAAGGCCCACAUUGAGCGCAUUCUUCAUAUGUGGACCAAAACUUCUUUCGCACUGGAUUUGUGGUUAGGAAUAGGUUGUCCUCUCCACCCUUAUCUCAAAGGUGUGCUUUUGGCUUCCAGUUACCAGAAAAGGGACCUUCGCCCAAGCCGAGCCACUAGUAGAGUAAGCCCUUCCCACGUGUCAAGGUGAAGAAAUUCAUAAUGCAGCCUCAACCAGAGAGAUCAACCUUCGAUUUAUAUUUUUUUUAGGCCGCCGGCGGCGCAGAACGCACUAAUCCGCGACCAGCUUCCGAAACCGAACUGAAUGGAAUUGUUACUUUCCAAAAAUGCUUGCUGAAAA